GCACUAGGACCCCGCAGGGAUGCGCAUUAUUGCGCCUCGGUUAUUGGGCUUGGACGACCUCAGUUUUGCACUACCGCAAUCACCAUUCAGCUGAGAGUGAGUGUGCUGUCUGCUUUGUUGAAAUAAGGACUCUUGAGAAGAAGCCGUUUUUGAAUAAAAGCUGACGGUUAAAAGGAUUGUAUAUGUUUUUGGUGGACCUGUCACGCGCUCCAGCACUUCACAGUGGAGAUGGGAGUAAACCUGGAGAAUGGGAUACCCCGGUAAACUUCCUGGAGACGAAUCUAUGAUUUGGAUUUAAACAAGCCUUGAUCACUAUUAACACAACUUGUUAAGGUUGCAUAAUAUAUCUUAGCCAUGGUGCCUAACCGCACACUGGGACUGGCCCAUCCUUGCUGUGUUAGCCUGCUGUUCUUACUCCUCUUGCCCAGCUCGGUUUCAGUGAGAGAACCUCGACAUCAGUCUCCCGCCCACCUCCCCUCGCUGAUACCUCAUGCCACCCUACCGCUGUCCCGCUCCCGGUUCAGCGCCAAAGCUCAGCUGGACCUCACUACUCACUGCAACGAGAGCUGCUACCACAAAGAAGGAGACAUGGAUAAAGAGCACCUAGCUUUCGAAACACUUUAUGCAGAUGGCUCCCGAACAUUAACCACUGUUGACCUGGAUGAAAAUGAGACUGAACUUCCUUUCAGGCAGCCCAAAGUAACCGAUCCCAGACAUAAACGGCUAAAACGGCAGAUUUACGGUUCAGACGGACGCUUUAACAUCCGCGGUGAUCACUUCCUUCUGGACUACCCGUUCUCCACAGCCGUCCGUAUCUCUACCGGCUGCACUGGAGUUCUGGUGUCCCAGCAGCACGUGCUGACCGCAGCCCACUGUGUGCAUGAUGGGAAAGAUUACGUCAAAGGUGCGAGGAAACUCAGGGUGGGCUUUCUGAUCCCUCUGUCUGUUAACGGCACGAGGCCGGGUCAGGCUCCUUCGAAGAAACCCUUGGUGCGCUGGGUGAGAGUUAAACGAACCCGAGUUCCUAAAGGUUGGAUUCAAGGUCCUCAAGAGGUCAGCAUGGACUUUGACUACGCACUUCUAGAGUUACGUUGGCCUCACCGGCGUCCCUUCAUGCGGCUGGCUGUGGCACCCACCUCAGACUAUUUGGCUGGGAAACGCAUCCACUUCUCUGGAUUUGACAGUGACCGGCCUGGGGAACUGGUGUACCGCUUUUGUCCGGUGGAGGAUGAGUCCAACGAUUUGAUCUACCAGCACUGUGACGCCCGUCCGGGUGCGAGUGGCUCUGGUGUUUACGGACGUGUGUGGGACGAUACUUUAGAGCGCUGGGAGCGCAAGGUCAUCGGGAUCUUCUCGGGCCACCAGUGGCUGGAAAUCAAUGGAGAGAAUCGUGACUACAACGUGGCUGUUCGCUUCACUCCACUGAAGUUUGCUCAGAUCUGUUACUGGGUUCAUGGAAAUAAAGUGGACUGCAAUCAGGACUGAAGAAUGGGACAAUAUCAAAUCAUGGACAAAAUAUGACGUGCCUGAUUUUGGAACCUGCACUUUACAGUCUAUUACGGGUGUGGCUACUGAAUCUGAGACGAAAGAAGGUCCACGGCUGGUAGAUCGCUUCCCACAGACUUUGAUCACUCACAUGGGUUGAGCUGGAACUUUAUUUAACCACUACCUUUAGUUUUUGCUCGCUAUACUGCCAACGUUACUCAGCUUUCGACUCUGAGGUCGACAACACCAGUAGAUUUAGCUUGUCAAGUCUUUGAUCUCCCUUCCUAGAGAGCAACGUAGUGUCGGCCCAGAUCCCUCGCACUUGGAAUCCACACGUACCAGGUGUUGGUCGGAUCUGGGCCGACACUAUUUUGCUGUCUCGGUUAAGGGAUUCUCUCCACAGCCUUGCUUUGUUCAGAUUCUACAUUACAGAAGCUUUAAACUGUUGUUUGCACUUUUAGAAACUAUAAAUGGGAUGGAGGUUUUAUUCUGAUCUCAUGCCUUGGGUUUUGUGUAACAAUUAACAUACACUGAGUUUAAUUGAUGACUUAAAGUAGAGGAAAUUCCUUAAUUUCCAUCCCUGAACAUCACAACAAAACUGAUGACUGGAGAUGUAGUGUUGAGAGUUACUAGAAAUUAAAACCAUAGAUCCUUAGUUUAUUUUAAUGCAUACAUCUGGAUAUGUAACCCAAGAGUACAAUUCACUCCUUUUCAAGACAGAUGAAGAGUUCAUAAUAUUACAUGUUUGUAAAUAUUUUUUCUUAUUCUUUUAUGUUGAAUUAAUAUAAAUACCAAACAAACACAAACUAAGAGAAAGGUUGUGGGGUAAAUGUUGAUUAUAGUUCUAUUUUUAAAAAGCUUUUUAUUUUAAUAAACUAAAAUAUGUCUCUUGUU